AUGGACACUAUUAAGAAAAUUGAUCAUUUUAUUUCGGUGGAAGAUGACUCAGAGCAGGACCCGAUGCUUUUAAGAUCAAAUCACGAUUUGAAACCUACCCCACCAGAGGAACGCACAUGGAGACGCUAUAAUUAUAUUUUGAUUUGGUUUCAAAGUACCUUUAAUGUUAAUGAGUGGAAUACUGGUGCUUCUUUAAUAAAAAGCACUGGUUUACCUCAUGGACAAAUUAUUGGAGCUUCCAUUGUUGGAAUCUUUCUUACUUGUUUCUUCACGGUAUUGAAUGCUAGAGCAGGUUCCUCUUAUCAUAUUGGCUAUCCUGCGUUAGCUAGAUCUGUAUUUGGGGUCAGAUUAGGGUAUUUUUUUGUUUUUGUUCGUAUGUUUGUCGCUGCAAUAUGGUUUGGUGUUCAAACCUACUACGGUGCAAUGUGCUUUGACGUUGCCAUGAGAUGCAUGUUUGGAUACAAAUGGGUCAAUAUACCAAACCACCUACCUGCAAGUGCAGAAACUACAACAAGAAUUAUUUUAUCAUUCUUUUUGUAUUGGCUAAUUCAAAUGCCCCUUAUGUGGUGUCACCCGAAACAUAUUCGGUAUUUUUUCACCGUGAAGGCAUUCAUAAUGCCUGCUGCUACAUUAGGUCUUUUCGUUUUCUGUUAUGUGAAAGGAAAAGGACCAGGAAAUUGGGAUAUAGGUAUGGACGUGGUUAGGGUGCAAUCAGUUGGCAACUCCUGGAUGAAUGUAAUUAAUGUUAUUUUCGGUACACUCUCUCCUAUGAUUAUCAAUCAGCCAGACGUAUCAAGAUACGCUAGAAAAAAGCUGGAUACUGUCAUCCCACAAGCUGUUGGCUUCAUUCCUCCUAAAAUUAUCGUAUUACUUUUCGGAAUGACGGCCGCUUGCUCAAUUUACAGGGCUUAUGGAACUGUUUAUUGGAAUAUGUGGGACUUGUUAAACGCUAUACUAGAUAACGAAUGGAACUCUGGAGGCAGAACAGGAGUCUGGUUUGUUGCUACAUCCUUUGCAAUCGGUACUGCGGGUACUAAUAUCUUUGGUAAUUCGAUUCCAUUCUCAGCUGAUUUGGCAGGUUUACUUCCAAAAUAUUUUACUAUCAUUAGAGCUCAAAUUUUCGUCGGACUUUUAGCGUGGGCCAUAGUUCCCUGGAGAUUUUUGGCUGAUGCAACUCAGUUCCUUACUUUCUUGGGUUCUUAUUCCAUUUUUGUAGCUCCCUUGCUUGGAUCGCUUUUAGCAGACUAUUACGUUAUCAGAAGAGGUAAUAUCCAUGUUCCGUCAUUGUAUACGAAAUCACCCGAGGGUGCAUACUACUUCUAUAAGGGUUUCAAUAUUUGGGCUGGUAUUGGCUGGUGCCUUUCACCGGUUUUAGCAAUUCCUGGGUUAUAUAGAGCUUAUCAUCCGACUGAAUUAUCUGCAACUGCUACAAACAUAUAUACUUGUGGAUGGUUAUAUACAUUUAUAUGCGGCUUUGCCCUCCAUUGUGCUUUUGGUCUUUUUUUCAAGCCAAAACUCUACCCAGAUAGCCAUUCCGAUGCUCCAAAGAAAUGGGAAUACAUGACGGAAACAGAUGGUUUCUUUAAAGAUGAUGCUCCCAUGGAUGUUGGCGUUGGAUAUCCCGGAACUGUCGAAUUCGUCACUGACGAUAGCGAAAAAGAAAGUCGUGUUGAAGAGAAACUUAAGGUUAUGACUAGUGUGAAAUCUUUUGGAGGACUACAAGGCAUGUAG